AUGCAGCUCCCCAAUAAAGCCCUGAUGCAGCUCCCCAACAAAGCCCUGAUGCAGCUCACGGACACAGCCCUGAUGCAUCUCCCCAACACAGCCCUGAUGCAGUUCCCCAACACAGCCCUGAUGCAUCUCCCUAACACAGCCCUGAUGCAGCUCCCCAACAAAGCCCUGAUGCAGCUCCCCAACACAGCCCUGAUGCAUCUCCCCAACACAGCCCUGAUGCAGCUCCCCAACACAGCCCAGAUGCAGCUCCCCAACACAGCCCUGAUGCAGCUCCCCAACACAGCCCUGAUGCAGCUCCCCAACACAGCCCUGAUGCAGCUCCCCGACACAGACCUGAUGCAGCUCCCCAAAACAGCCCUGAUGCAGCUCUCCGACACAGCCCUGAUGCAGCUACCCGACACAGCCCUGAUGCAGCUCCCCAACACAGCCCUGAUGCAGCUCCCCAACACAGCCCUGAUGCAGCUCCCCAACACAGCCCUGAUGCAGCUCCCCAACACAGUCCUGAUGCAGCUCCCCAAAACAGCCCUGAUGCAGCUCUCCGACACAGCCCUGAUGCAGCUCCCCAACACAGCCCUGAUGCAGCUCCCUAACACAGCCCUGAUGCAGCUCUUCGACACAGCCCUGAUGCAGCUCCCCAACACAGCCCUGAUGCAGCUCUCCAACACAGCCCUGAUGCAGCUCCCCAACACAGCCCUGAUGCAGCUCCCCAAAACAGCCCUGAUGCAGCUCUCCGACACAGCCCUGAUGCAGCUACCCAACACAGCCCUGAUGCAGCUCCCUAACACAGCCCUGAUGCAGCUCUUUAACACAGCCCUGAUGCAGCUCCCCAACACAGCCCUGAUGCAGCUCUCCAACACAGCCCUGAUGCAGCUCCCCAACACAGCCCUGAUGCAGCUCUCCAAUACAGCCCUGAUGCAGCUCUUUAACACAGCCCUGAUGCAGCUCCCCAACACAGCCCUGAUGCAGCACCCCACUGGAGACGACAGAUGA